GUAUCGAGCCGAUUACAGGAUCAGGUCGCAACCCGCGCAACUGAAGAGCGGACUGGGGCUCCCGAUUCCACACUGUGGGCUAGUUGUCAGCUUGAUAACAGCAGAGCAGCGGCCCAUCAGCUACAUAGUGCGCUUGAUAAUAAUGCCUGACACUAGUGCGACAUUCAUGCUAAUGGAUCAGAUCGCAACCACAACCCAGGGAGUUUUGACUCCAAUACUUACUUGCAAUUGACCGCGAAUACGUAGACUGGCCGAGGGUUUCACGACUGACGGCAGCCUGGGCGAGGCACGGCGAUUCGCUCCUCGCGAUUGAAUGCUGGCUCAGCUAUCCCCGUUGCCCUAUAAAUGAAGACACGCGGAGGCCAGCACGGUGUGCAUCCAGCCAGGCUCAACACGUGCCAACCCGCAAUUGAGCCUCACUAGAGUCCUCCCAUGCUUCUUCUGCCCGUGUCCUGCAUCGCAUCUCUCCCGCCGGAGAUCCUCGCGCUGGUGUUCGAAACCGCGGUCGGAGAUCACGCAAGAUGCAGCCUUCCAGUCGGGCUAUCUGCCGUCUGCUGGCGCUGGAGAAUCGUCGCGCUUUCUACCCCGAGGAUCUGGAACACGAUCUUCAUAUCCCGACCCUUUCACAUCGUCCGCGCGAUGCAUUUCCUCCCGCGAUCUCAAUCCCUCCCGUUCCAUCUGCACCUUGAUACGCGCUCUUGGGGCGCGAAAAUCGAGAUAUCUGAUACAUUGCGUUUCCUCGAAGAAGAUAUGCAUCGCUGCAAUUCGAUGACUCUGCAUCUCACGGACGGACAACUCCAAAAAUGGAAUAGCACUCCAUUCGGCUUGUCCCGCUUGCAGAAUGCGGACCUCCGAAUUCAUUCGUAUGCGCCGGACGAGCUCUGGGGACCCCCGCAUUCCUUGGAUCUGUUUUUAGAAUCUCUCCCGCGUGUCAGCUAUCUCCGGCUCUCGACGAGCUUGCCCGUCGCCGCAGCCUCCUGUCUGCUGCAUCUCAGAGCCCUGGAUGUCAACUGCGCAUGGGCGCGCACAUCGCCUGGUGGAUCUGCACCCUCGCUCUUCCGCCAGCUCGAGCAGUACGCGCCGGGCAUCGAGGAGCUGAUUCUUCGUGGCUACUCUGGGUAUAAUGAUUUCCCGUUGACGGCCCUGGAUGUCCGCCGCCGCAGUACACUGCCCUGUCUCAAGUCUCUCGUCCUAAAUUUCCGCGACGCCUUCCUGCUGGACGGGGUCAUCAUCCUCGCACAGACUCUCCUCGCGCCCACGCUGCGCCAGCUGCUUAUUCGGCUUCCCUCGGCCGACGAUGAUAUGUACCCGAGAUCUGGCUCCCUCCUCUGGCGUGCGCUGCUUGUGGAGUUUGCCGCCGCUAGUGCCGCCCAUUUUCUCGAGGAUCAGGAGGGCCUCGGGACCAGCUCGUUUCCCGGGCUACGGGGAUUUUUCAUAGCCGGAGACAUGGGUGUGCAGGUUGAUUUGUGCAUCGGCCGACGGGCGCCAGACGUCCAGCCGCUGCUCGAAGACGGUCAUGCGAAAAUGGACUGGUUCCUGGAUUCUGAACGACUGGACGCGGAUGUCAGCGGGGACAUCAAGGACGAGGUGUUCGACACCCGUCUGCGACAUCGAUGCUCCGAUUUCUGUCUCAUUCCAGGGCACAAUUCGAGUCCGUGGGCGUAAUCACCUCAUAACACUCACCACAUUACAAUAGAUGCCAUUAGAUACUAGAUUGGAUGGGACGGCGUGCCUCAGGACCUGGUGUGAGAAAAGAAACUGGAGCUCUCGACAAGCGCCAAGUCGCACAAAAUGCUAAAACCGUCGACUUUCCGUUCCUGGCGUGAAUAUGAAGACACCAUCCGUCCUCUCGCCCGCCGAAACGGGUGCUGUCGCGCCAGAAUUUACGUCGAUGACUGGAAUUGGUUUUCCCGGCUUUGGCAGCUCGGUGUCAGAGCGUCAGUGCUCGACUGUUCCCUUCACUGAGCCAGCCGAGCAGAUGCUACUAGAAAAUGUCACUUACUUCCUGUAAACGACAUUCGCACUCAGAAUCAUGCGAGUAGAAGGGGCAUCUGUCUUGGCCUGCCAGCAGAUUUUCUAUACCAAGGUUGAGUGAAUCCAGUUGAUCCCUGAGAGAAACGUGCCGUGAGUUCGAUGCUUUGUGACUCAUUCGGGGUUUUCCCUUGAAUCUAGACUCUUCUCUAACCUCAUUUGCUGCUUAACAGGCGUUUUUAGGCAUUGGAAGUUAGAGGUUGAAACAUCGUGGGAACCGGCACGUGUGCGGCGUGAUCAGACAACGAUGGAUACUGCUCCCUGUUUCCGUGUGAAGCCACUCAAGAGCGUUGAGGAUCCGUGUGCGGCUCACACUCUCGAGGAAAGCUUCAACCUUAAUCCGCUCGCACUCUCUCUGUGCCUGGCAACCUCAGGCGUAGAGUGUCCCCAGUCGACAGGGGUUGUCUGCCAGUGCGGGGCCUGGACGCCAGCCCUCUCGUGCUCUGAAAGCAUCACUCAGAACGCGUCGAGUAGUCUCAAUGAUCCGAUUGGGCUUGCACCCGAGCUGCUCGUCGUCGCUCGUGCUACCUUCGCGCUACUGAAAAGUUAGCCUCUCGGAGCGUUGCCCCAUUGACCAUGGACCCGCUUCUGAGUCCGGCCGACUCCAUGGUGCACGGCUGUCCGAUACGCUCCGCGGUCCAUCUCCAUGGCAUCCUUGGAUCACCAGCCGGAUCUACUCUCGAGUGCUAGCGAUCAGAGGAGGGAGAAACACUUGGAGGAGGGCCCAGCAGUGCGCCAGAACAACCGGCCUUCAAAUUCAUGCGUUGGCACUCCUUCUCGCGCUUCACUGGGACGCCGUGCACGAGUUCUAGGGAAGAGCAUGGCGUCCCAGGAGUGACGAAGCGCUCCUACGAAGCGGUCUCCUUCGAAACGGCGCGUCUUUUUGCUCGCGAGACGCUAAACAACCGUGACGGACGCAGUUCUGGAAAAUCCAGGGCCUGCUGCUAUUCGCGUCGCGCUCGCUGUGACACGAUGAGUCAAACAGGCUUCGAUCUUCUCGCAUCAGCCCAUGGGCUUCGCUCCGUUUCAUUCCCCGCAUCAUUUGGCCAUUCCACGGACUUGAGGCGAAGGCUUCCAGACGCGUACGCCUCACUCCCUGCCUCCCUGGUCGGGCCUGAGCGCUAUUUUGGCUUUGACCAAAUCGUGUAUCUCGUUCUUCAUUGCACACCAUGUCCCAUCCGACACGCGGUGCCGCAGUAAAUUCGGUUCGACUUCUCAUUUGGGCGCGGAAAUGGAAGAUGGCUCGAUCAAGCGGCGGCUGUUUUCCGCCACUUACGGUAUGUACUUCUGGUAUUUAAGAAUACCAGACGCGACCUGUUUUCUGUCAAUGCCGUUUCCGUCGUUCCUCCAUCACGACAAGCAGCCCGCUCGAGGAGCGUCUCUUCUCCGACGGUUCAAUGGAUUGUACAAACCGCCUCCGACAUUGGGGUCUCUGCUGGCUCCCAAGACGUCGAAGAAGAUGGGAAAGCAGUCCUCCACGCUGUUUGAGCUUGCGCAACCAGUGUGCAUAUCACUUGCCCCCCGAAGUGAGCCGAUUCCAUGCGUUCUCUUCACCGACCAACACACACCACUAGCCUCACAAGACUCGUCGAUCUAUGAAUCCUCAUCGAGCAGCUCGCAUUCCGACGCGAGUUCAUCUCGCCAAACACUGGAAUUGGCCCGACCCGUUUCGGAAACUUCUGCCCCUCCAGAGGCAUGUGCAUCGCCGCAGCGCGCGCAGAUGAGGCCCCUGCGUCCGGCGCUCAAACAGGGAAGUGGCAGAUUCAAGUCUUCUUCGCAACGCGCCAGUACGCAAGGCACGUCGAUCUCCUUCCUCUUUCAUCAUGCCCCCCUCUCCUACGACAUCGCCUUCCCUCCCUCCAAGCAGACGAUCCUGCGCCGAGGUGCACGGGACCCGAUCCCCAUCGAGGUGCUGGACGAGCCCGCGACGGAGCCACCCAUGUACACCGAGCUGGUGCUGCACUGCGCGCACUUCCCGUGGGACAUCGUCGUCCACCCGCACACCGCCAUCGAGGCGCCCGCGUCGCGCCGGUGCGGGCCGCGCAUGCCCCCUCGGCGGCGCAAGACCCCCAUCACGAACCUCGACAUCGUGUGUGCCGUGCACGACGCGCUGUCGGGGCGCGCCUCGGGCGACGAGUGGGGCCGGCUCUCGACUAAGGUGCAGCGGCGCAUAUCCCGCUCGUACGAGGCGCGGUGCGUGCAGACCGGCGGCGGAUGGGAUGCCGGGGUGCGCAAGAUCGACUGGCUCGAGGGCAGGACGCGGCUGGUGGGCAUCGAGAUGGUGCCGGUGAAAAACUCGGGGCAGCCGCGGGCGAUGCUUGUGUUCAAGACCCCUGCUGCAUGA